GGCGUUCCCGGCCGCCGCAGCUCCCCUAACGGGCUGGGGCGGUGGCCGCUGCGCUCCGCCUUCCUGGCCCCGCCCCCGGCUCCAUCUUGCUGGCGACCAGUGUUGGGCUGUAACGCUGCUCCCCGGGGUCAGAAUGUCAUACCCAGGCUAUCCCCCAACAGGCUACCCACCUUUCCCUGGAUAUCCUCCUGCAGGUCAGGAGUCAACUUUUCCCCCUCCGGGUCAGUAUCCUUAUCCUACUGGCUUUCCUCCAGUGGGAGGAGGUGCCUACCCACCAGCCCCGAGUAGUGGCUACCCAGGAGCUGGAGGCUACCCUGCCACUGCAGGCUAUCCAACCCCUGGAGGCUAUCCUGGUGCCCCACCACCAGGGGGAGCUCCAUCCUAUCCUGGAGUUCCUCCAGGCCAAGGGUUUGGAGCCCCCCCACCAGGUGGAGCAGGCUUUUCCAGCUAUCCACAGCCACCCUCACAGUCUUACGGUGGUGGUCUACCACAGGUCCCACUACCUGGUGGCUUUCCUGGAGGACAGAUGCCUUCUCAAUAUCCUGGAGGACAAGGUCCUUACCCAAGUCAGAUCAAUACAGAAUCUUUUCCUUCCUAUCCUGUUUUCUCUCCUGUUUCUUUGGAUUAUAACACUGAACCUGCCGCAAUGACUCAGGGAGCUCAAGGAACAAUCCGACCAGCUGCCAACUUUGAUGCCAUGAGAGAUGCAGAAAUUCUUCGGAAAGCGAUGAAGGGUUUUGGGACAGACGAGCAGGCAAUUGUGAAUAUUGUGGCCAACCGUUCCAAUGACCAGAGGCAAAAAAUUAAAGCAGCUUUUAAGACCAUGUAUGGCAAGGAUUUAAUCAAAGACCUCAAAUCAGAGUUAAGUGGAAAUAUGGAAGAACUGAUCCUUGCCCUAUUCAUGCCACCUACAUAUUAUGAUGCCUGGAGUUUACGGAAUGCAAUGAAGGGAGCAGGAACUCAGGAACGUGUAUUGAUUGAAAUUUUGUGCACAAGAACAAAUCAGGAAAUCCGAGAAAUUGUCAGAUGUUAUCAAUCAGAAUUUGGACGAGACCUUGAAAAGGACAUUAGAUCAGAUACAUCAGGACAUUUUGAACGUUUACUUGUAUCCAUGUGCCAAGGAAAUCGUGAUGAGAAUCAGAAUGUUAACCACCAGCUGGCUCAGGAAGAUGCUCAGCGUCUCUAUCAAGCUGGUGAGGGGAGACUAGGGACAGAUGAAUCUUGCUUUAACAUGAUUCUUGCCACAAGAAGCUUUCCUCAGCUGAAAGCUACCAUGGAGGCUUAUUCCAGGGUGGCUAAUCGAGAUUUACUAAGUAGUGUUGCCCGUGAAUUUUCCGGAAAUGUUGAAAGUGGUUUGAAGACCAUCUUGCAGUGUGCCCUGAACCGCCCUGCCUUCUUUGCUGAGAGGCUCUACUAUUCUAUGAAAGGUGCCGGCACAGAUGACUCCACCCUGGUCAGGAUUGUGGUCACUCGAAGUGAGAUUGAUCUUGUACAAAUAAAACAGAUGUUCAAACAGAUGUAUCAGAAGACCCUGAGCACAAUGAUUGUAAGUGACACAAGUGGAGAUUACCGAAGGCUUCUGCUGGCCAUUGUGGGCCAGUAGGAGGGAUUUUUAAAUAAACGAAGCUCUUCACAGCAUAUCCUUCAAAGCAGUGACUGACCUGCAUGCAGCAAUAUCAACCAUCACCAAACCAAAAGAGCUUUUUACUAAGCAUUGUGUCAGGGUAUUGUGCUUGGUUUGCACAUGUGGUUAUUGCCUUAAUUCCAAUGUUAUUUUUUUCUCUAUAUACAAUCAACGUGAAGCCAUAUCACGAUGAUGUAGUAUUGACGCGAUAUUUGUAAGGCAUAAUUCUCACUGUUCUUACUCUAAUCAGGGUCCCAAAUUGAAUAAAAAUCACAGCAAUCUCUAAUUCUGUGUAAUAAUGAUGAAUAAAAAAAAAAGUUGCUGAAACUCUGCCUUCCAAAGCCCCAUAGGUCCAUUGGACAGUUAUAGUUGGUAGUAUAUCAAAACUAUAUUUUUAAAAAAUUCAGCUCUUUUGACAUAGAGUAAUUUGCAUCUUAUUUUACAUAAAUUGGUAUUUUAUAUUUAUAAACACUAAACUUUCCACAUAGUGAAUAGAUGAGUAUUGCCUGUAACAACUUUUUAAAAAGGGAUUAUAUGUUUAUGUGCAUAAAAUAUAUAGCCUACUUUUUUUUGUCUACUAAAAUUCUCUAAAGAUCCUUUGGCCCUUGGCUUUAAAAAAAAAAUUAUGAAAUAGCUUCUUGGCCUUUUGGCUAAGAUCAAGUGUAAAAAAAAAAAAUUAUGACUUUAAGAAUUAGUUGUAAUUUAAUCAUGAUUCAAGAAAGUGAAGCUUCACAUGUAGGAGGUGUUCAGUUAAUGAGUGAAUGAAGCUUAAAGCAUCACUGGGAAAAUUGAGUGCUAGCUCUUUGGAGAAGUGUUCAGGAGCUCAGUUAGUGGUAUAGGAGGAUGAUUGCAACACCCAUUGGUUUACCCCCAGUACUGAGCAAUUACUUAUUGAGUAUAUUGAGCAUUAUAAUGGGUAGCCAGGAGAAAUAUGAAGGAAGGAAAUUUAUAAUAUACUAGGGGUUCUAAAUAAAAAGACACCAAAAAAAAAGUGGUAAAUGUUAGAUUAUAAAUUCUGCUGAGAGGAGAACCGUAGUUCUUUGUGUGAAGCUCCCUGGCACAAAGCAGAAAUUUAAUAGAUUUUACGAAUGAUUGUACUAAGAACUGAGGAGAAGAAUAGUAAAUAUGAAUUAUAAUUCAAUGAACAGUUUUGUGUAAAUACCAAGGGGCAUAUAAGUUGGCAUAAGAUACAACCUUACUCUUAGAUAGACCUAUGUACGAUUGUAGCAUAAGGUAAGAUACAUGGGUAGAAGGAUAAUGGGUUAAGAUGGAUGUUAAUUACUUUUUUAAAAAAAAGUAUCAUUGAGGGUUGCCUGGGUGGCUCAGUUGGUUAAACGUCCGACUCUUGAUUUCGACUCAGGCCAUGAUCUCACGGUUUGUGGGAUCAAGCCCUACAUGGAGCUCUGUGCUGAUAGUGAGGGCCUGCUUGGGAUUCUCUCUCACCACCUCUCCCCUACUUGCACUAUCUCCCUCUCAAAAAUAUAUAAACAUAUAUUUUAAAAGUAUCACUGAAAAAGUUCAGUUUGGAUGUAGGUUUUAAAAAAGUAACAGUGAUGAGAUUUGGUAAAGAUGAGAAAUGGGGGUAAGGUAUUAAGGAAAGAAAAGAUAUGAUCAAUAAAAUAAAUUUUUUAAACCUUUUGAAAAUUAGAUAUAAUUCAUAUACCAUUCACCUUUUUGAAGUGUACAACUCGGUGGUUUUUAGCAUAUUCACAAAUCUGUGCAAUCAUCACCAUAAUCAAUUUUGAACAUUCUUAUCACCCAAAAAGAAACUUUGUACCUAUCAGUAGUCACUCCUCAUUCCCCCUCCUCCUGUCCAGCCCGUGGCAAUCACUAAUCUACUUUGUCUUUCUAUGGACUUGCCAAUUUUGGACUUUUCAUAUGAAUGGAAUCAUUAAAUAUGUGACCCUUUG